CUCUAUUUAUACAUAAUGGUAGCUAGGUAGCUUUCUGGAGUCUUUGAAGUGGCUCGCAGGCAAAAGAUAAGCUAAGCUUUGAUGCUAGCUAGCAGAUAAGAGAUGGAGGGAUAUAACGUUAACUUGAGUGUGAUGAGAAAAGGUGCCUGGACUCGAGAGGAAGAUGAUCUUCUCAGGCGGUGCAUAGAGACUCUUGGGGAAGGAAAGUGGCACCAAGUUCCUUACAAAGCGGGCUUAAACAGGUGCAGGAAGAGCUGCAGACUAAGAUGGUUGAACUAUCUGAAGCCAAAUAUCAAGAGAGGAGACUUUACAGAGGAUGAAGUAGAUCUUAUAGUUAGACUUCACAAGCUUUUAGGAAACAGGUACUAA